UUCUAUGAGCUUUUGACUUUGUUUACAGCCAAUGAUUCGUUAUUCUCUGGUUCACAAGCAAUUUCUUAAUUGCUUUCAUCGUUUUCAAAUUUUUAGAAGGCUACUCUUACGGAUGGAGCUUUUGAAAAGAGUUUUUCUAGCUGUGAAGCCGUGGAAUAAUUUUUUCCAAGAUGAUGUUCUAAGAUUGUCUUCAAUGUUAGCAGAUCGGUAAAAAAUUCUUGAUAUCUCUGGGCCAUGGAUAAAUUUCACCGCAACAAAACGGCAAUUCGGAUAAAAGUCAUCAGCAUGGGCAAUGCUGAAACAGGAAAGGUAGAGUAGAAAGAUGAUUUCUUUCGUAAUUUUCAAUUUUAUGAACCAUUUCAUUUGCCUGCAUAAGUUAACUUUAAUUUUUAAAUUUUUGAAUACUGUACACCGGUUUUUGCAUUGUUCCUAUUUACUGGGAGCUCUUGUUUCCAAUUUCUCCCCGAAAACAUUUGAAUAUUGGGACUUAAGAUAUAGGGUAUUGUGUUAAGGUCACUUUGAAUAAAUGUGACAACUACAUUGUACAUUUCAAUCGUCCCACACAUGUACUGCAGUUAUCUACCUCUUGGAAACAAAUCCGCUGUGUAGUGAAUAUGUUGUGGUUCAAUUUUAUCCUUGGUUUAAAUUUGAAAUUUUGAUUUUGUUUCAAACUAAUUAUCAUGUUAUAUUACCAUUCCCAUAAACAAAAGGAAAUAAAAUUUAAACCAAGGUUAAAAUUGAACCACAAGAAAUACAUCUCAGGUAACUGUUUGUUACAUUUCUGCUCAUUUUGUUCUUCAAUUGAUUUGUUUUAAUAGUAGUUGUGUUUUCCUUUAAAUAUUACUUUUAACAUCAAGUCGUUUGGUGCAAGACUUCACAAUUCAAUGUGGAGAAUGAACACAGGACAAAGUGGGCAAUCCGGAGGAGACGAGAUAGGCCCAUCUGUCUCAUGCAGGCGCUCAAUCAGACUACAGGGUCUAUUUCAUCUUGCUUGCUCUCCGAGCCAACCAAAUGUGACAGUUCAAUUUUUUUCACUGACAGGUCAAUGUUUUAUGAAGUCUACGUUUUCCUAAUUCUGUUUUCACAGAGUUGUAUCAUUAAGCGAUAUUGUGAAAAGCGAUUUGUGAGCAAGUAUAUGACAACUAUAGGGAUUGACUAUGGAGUUACAAAGUAAGUUAAAAACGUUAUGUAGCUGGAGUAACAUAAUAGUACUUUUGAGUUUUGUUUGUGUAAAUGAACUAAGCUGAACAACACUUCAAUUCAGCAUUCACAUUACUGAGAUGUACUUUUCAUCUAAUGGGCAUUUCAAAAAGUGGCAUACAUUUGCCAGAAAUCAAACCACAUACCAUCUAAAAUACAUGUAAUUCGCGCAAAAAAACCUUUUUCUCAGUAAUGUUCCCCGAAUUUUUUUCAAAAGGAAGUAAAGCCUUCUUAUUCAGAGGUUUGACAAAAGGAAAAACUCUGGGCCCUGUUGUUCGAAGGCCAAUUAGCGCUUAACUUGGGGUUAAAUUUAACCUGGGUUUCUUUUUCUUGUGUUCAAAAGCAUUUUCUCAGAUAAUGUUCUGUGUUAGUUUUUAAAGCUUCCAAUAAUCAACUUGCAGACAGAAAUGAUUUUUAAGCUUUCAUAUCUGAAUUCAAAUUUUGCUCUAACCCUGGGUUAACUUAACCCUGCUUUGAACAACCCGGCCCUGGUGAAUAUGUAAAUUUUCUUUCCUGAACUAUAAUUUCAAGUUUUGUUUUCAAAGUGAUGCCCCUUCAAAAGUACUAGAAAAAGAAAUAAACAGUGUAGCCGCUACAUUAACUGUUUGUCCCUUGUAUUUGUAGGCUAAUAUAAAAUUAGGCACACAUGCAUAAUGUACAGAUUGCACAUGUGCAUCUAAAAAUACUCAUAAGUAAUUGCAUUAUACUUAAAUCUUGUUGAUUCCAUUUAAGAGUUGUGUUACAGCAUUCCAUUGCCCCAAUUGGUGAACUUUACUAAAACUGUGUGUGGACAAGGUGGGGAGGGGGUUUAUUUUUAAUGCCACCUCAAAUUUUCUACUUGUCUGGAAUCAGUUACCUUUUUUUAGCAUAUAAAUAGUUCCUGAACGCAAUGAUUUUAAAGUAUUGAAAUAAAGUUGUUCCCUUUAGGGUUUCAGUAAAUGGCAAAGAAGUUAAAGUAAAUAUAUUUGACAUGGCUGGCCAUCCAGUAUUUUAUGAGGUACAGUACUUGCUCUAUUUGAGGAAAAUGUUCUGAAAAAUAAAGGCACUUUUUCUGUUCAUCCCUGUUUUAAAUACACAUAAUAACGUAAGUUUAUUUUGAAAAUGGCUGCAAAAGUGGCCUCUAGAGGUGAAUCCGGAGUUAUUAGGUAGCCAAUUAUUCUAAUUGACUUCCUGGGAGGAUCAUGUUCACUUUCACAUCUUUAUCCUCAGUUCAAAAUAUAAUUCAUUUCAUAUAAAUUAUGAAUGAAAACAGUUGAGGACUUGAGGUAACUGCCAAAGUGAGGAGCUGACAUUUUACAUACAACAUUAUUUAAUAUUUUCUUAUUUAUAACUAAGGUACGCAAUGAAUUCUACAAGGACACUCAAGGAGCCAUGUUGGUUUAUGAUGUUGGAAACCGUGAAAGCUUUGAAGCAUUGGACAGCUGGCUGGAAGAAAUCAGGAAAGAUAUCGGUAGUGCAGCUGACCUAGAAGGGGUAGUUUUUGCUGUCUGUGCCAACAAGGUAAGAAGCAGGAGAGAAACAAUUCAAUACUGUAACUUGUAACAAUUCGCAAAGAAAUCUAGUCUUGGAGUCGAGCUUGCAAUCAGUUAAAGACAAGGGAUAACUUCAAAAAACACAUAACCUUGAUUGGUGGACACCUGAGUCUACGAUAUGGUCAUGCAAUACCGAUCAGCAGAUACCUUGUUUUGACAGUUGUCAAUUGAUUCAGGUUGCAGGAUCCCACAUUAGCUAGAAAGUAUGAGAUUUUACAUCGGUUUCUCUGAGGUGGGGGUGAAUGGUAGGACUGACAUAUGGUCACGUGACUACCAGAAUUUCUCGGAUAGAUAGAUAACCAAAUUUUCUUAGCUAUAUAUGGGGCUCCGCUUGUGGAUCUUCGCUGUUACAGUAACUUUUUAAACUGCAAGGGCUUACAGUCAACUGAGUUGCACUAAGGUUUCACCUUUUGCAUCCAGAAUCAAGAGUGGUUAAGGAAAGAUUUGAUUUUUGCAGUUUGGCUUGGCAUGCAUAACCAUCUUGAACCAUGUUGACUUGGAGACUGUACAUGUAAUUGCUCUAUCAAUAAAGUGGACUUACUUUCACUGGUUCUCUAGCGUGCUUUUAUGAUGUUUGGUGCACAGAUUAGAUAUGAAUAAAUAGCAAAAGAAAGAAACAAAGGCAAUAUGCCACUUUAGGAACACGAACACGAAAAAGCAGCAGGAUUAGCUCAGUUGGUAGAGCGCUUGACUGUAGAGCGGGAGGUUGCAGGUUCGAUUCCCGGGGCCAGACCAAUACUCAGGGUCUUAAAAUAACUGAGAAAUGGAGGUACUGCCAUUGCGCUGCAAGCGGCUAGACCUUAGCGUGGCUUAGAUGACCAUGUAAAAUGGCGGUCCCAUCUCCAGUAGGAGAUGUAAAAAUAAUGUCCCCAUUUAGUACUUUUGUGCUAAAUACAUUGAUGCUCAAAUAAAGUGCAUUUUUGUUUUUUUAUUCUCAGAAGGGAAUUUGAGCCAUAAUAUGUCUUAUUGUAUCUGGGAUUAUUACUGGGGAGACGCACUGGUCAGCUAUUGACUAAUUUUUCUUCCCUGUCCCUAGUGUUAAACAGUGUCAGAAAUCUUUGCCAAAGUUUACUCAACCCAGUUUCCUCUCGUUCCGAACUGGCAAUUUCAACUUGCAUGUAAUAAGACUUCGAGUAGUCUCCAUUUUCCCUCAGCGAUAGUAGAGUGAGCGAAAUGCAAGAGCAUGUGAAAAUUACCCUGCGUGAGAAGGGAGAGACGCGGCGGGGAGAGAGAGUUCUGCGCUGUGAAAGCAAAGCAUAAGGUCAAAAGCUUGUGCUUUGUCUGUAUAGUCCUUCAUUUUUCUCUCUACCUGCUGCAUGUGGCCUUUCUUGGUUGGGGUGGUGUUUUGCUCGCCUGAGGGAAAAUGGGGACUACUGUAAUCAUGAAUGUAACCAACUGAAAUGGCUGAAUUGUUGGCAGGUUACUUAGCAUCAUGAUGGCAAUUUAAUUUCUUGUUUUCUGUCUGUCUUGUCUUUCUUCUUUUAAACUCUUCCUUGUUAUCUGAGCUGUUCACAAUCUAACUCACCUUUUGUACUGCAACCUGUAGGUGGACAGCCGCAAAAGAGUGGUGGAGGAGGCGGAGGGGCAGCUUUGGGCAAACAGCCAUGGAUUUUACUAUUUUGAGACAUCUGCCCAGACGGGGGAGGGAAUUAAUGAUAUGUUUCAAGUAAGUUCUUAGUAAAUACAGCUUUUAUAUUAAUUAUUGUUUGUAAAGUCUACCAGAUUUGUAUCACGUUUCCAAAAUAACAAAAUAACUGUCUGUAGCUGUCUGUCUUUUUUGCAACUCAUCCAAAAUUCUCUUGCUUCAACUCGUAUUUGCCCCAUCCCCUUACCACCUACUAUCCCAGCCAAGUCACACCCAUGGAAUUAUUACUUGUAGUUUCUAGACCAACCGUGAUUUAAAUAAUUCUCACUUGUGGCUGACUGAUAGGUCAACAGAGUUCAAGAAAUAAAAUCAGUAAUCAAUAAUAAUCAAUAAUCUUUAUUAUUCUUAUGUCGAUGUACAUGGUUAAUAUAAUUCUACACUCGUGGAUCUGGGUAAAAAAAAUUAAUAUGCGGUUUCAAAAAUGUCCAGAUCAUUCGUGUUCAUGUGGACUUAGUUGGUCUGUAUUUUGAAUAAAGGAAAUAAAAAGAAACUUGUUUAUUAUAUAGACACGAGUGUUUUACUGGAAAAUAUACGUAAAAUUAGUAGAAACUACAUCCCGGACCCGAGUGGUUCAUUUUCCAUAAUCUCACACGUGAGUUUAUCGAUGACGUAAUUUUGGUAAUUUCCCUCUAUUAUUUUAUCGAUGUCACAUUUUUGUCUAUAUAAUAAAAAGAAUAUUACACUGCGGCUUGAAGAUAUGAAUUUUAUUUUCUCGUGGCAAAAACAAUAUUUUACUCACUCGCUGCACUUGUUGGUGAAAUAUUGUUUUGCCACUCGAAAAUAAAAUUCAUAUCUUCGUGCCACUGUGUGAUAUCCUCUAUUAAUUAAAAGCGAGGGAAUGUUAAAAAAAUAAUAAAACAAAACAUUAUACUCCCCUUCAAUAAUUAUGGCUUCUGUUCCAUAGACCUUGUUCAAAGCAGUGCUGACAGCAAUAGAAAAUGGAGGUAAACCAGUACAGCUAAAUGCUUCAACUAAUGUGGGUUAUACUAAAGAACAAGCUGAGGCCAUUCAGAGACUGAAAACAGCUAAAGAUAAUUAUGAAAGACUGGGGCUACCGGCUGGGGCGAGCAGGUAAGGAAAAACUACUAAUAUUACAUGUAUUUCAGGCAAGUACCUGCACGAUUAGCCAAAACAGUAGACUUGAAAAGCCUGGAAUAUCCUUAACAUCAGACCCUUAAACAAUAUUUUAAAGAUAUUUAUGAGCAAAUUUCAUGAUUAGUUCGUGUUCGCCAGGAUCAUUGGUCGGUUAUUAGUCCAGAAGAUUCAUAAGAACAUCAAUAAUUUAAUCUCAUCUCGCUUGUGUACAAAAUUGUGCUGAACUGACACAAAAUACAAAAACCUCGUGUUCUUGGCCGAAAAUGCGCAUUCACAAAAAGUUCCCCAGGACUACCAUUAAGGUUCUUCGCAACAGUUUGUAUUGAUACGAUACAGUCGAACCUCCUUGGCUACCUCCUCUCGCAAGAGAUCUAUACAAAACUCUGCUCCCAUAUCCUUCUUUUGGGUCUCCAACGGAUCCAACGAGUUACUGGAAUUCGUUGGGUAUUUCCCUUGAACCUGAUUGGCAAAUUGACAAUACCUUUUUUGACAGGCCAGUUAUGGCGCGUACCCAAAUCCUGGUAUACAACCAACACCACCACCUUCUGAGGUGAUGGUGUAAUAAUUUUCUAUUCUUAUUAACCUCUUGUUAGGGACCACUUUACCAUGGUCUGAUCUUUAUGUUCCCAUAUCUCUCCGCUGCAGAGGCUCCCCAGGGUAUCCCAGUAAAAAUAGCAAUAAUCGAAAAAUAAGCAAGCGUGCGGGGGACGAUAGGAACAGGCAAGGCUAUUAAAGGGAGCCACAAAUAAACAGUGCGGUCACAUUUUAGAGCACUGAGCGCGAGUUUAUAUUUGCCUUUUCAGGGAGGACAUUAACCGUGCUUAUCGCAGGUUAGCUGUGUUGAUACACCCUGAUAAAAGUCUGGCACCCGGCACAGAAGAUGCGUUCAAAGCACUGGUGAAUGCUCGCGCAGCCCUUUUACAGACUCACAGAUAACAGCAGCAGUAUCUGAGAACAUAUAUGUAUUUAUUUUGCUGUCGCACCCCACUCAUCCUCAGUUUUCUCCUAAGAUUUCUACAUUGGAGUCUCUAAGAUUCGUGGACGAGGAGGACGUUAUUUGACUUAGUUUUUUCGCGUCUUCUCAAAAAACAAAACAAAAAAACAGACAGUAAAGCUUAGUGGUACCUUUUUCCCCAGAACGUUAGCCCUCUCCGCUACGACAUCAAAACCGUAUUUAUAGAAUGUCGACGGCUAUCGCUUUUCCCCGCCACAAUGGCCCUGGUUCUCGCGCGCUCCACGAAGUGUUGAGACAAUUUCGUCCUCGUAGCCUUCGUGUUAAGAGUCUAAAGCUCCCUAUAGUUGGAGAAGACCAGCACAGUAGCUCAACGAAGAGACCGACGAGGGGGAAGAAGAGAAAGGGCAUCCCCUGCAUCUUAUACCCGCUACCCACGUUAGUAUUUUAACGCGACGAUGAGUAGGAGACGGGGUGUGGAUGAGUCAGCUGUAAAGAAGAUUUUAACUCACUUUCGAAGUACCAAACCAAAACCAGUGUGAAUACCUUACGUUAACCAUCUGCAGCUACAAGAGUUAUAAACGCAAGCUGGAUCAAGCGUGGGAAGAUACCUGUGAAUAAGUUACAAUUUGUUUUGGUUUUCUUCUAAUUGGGUGUAAAAGUGAAUUACUUUGCCCAAUCAAAGUAGAUGCAGGUAAUCAAAUGAACCAAACGCAAGUAGACCUGGAGGCAACCUCGCUCCCAGUCUCUUCCUCGUCAUUUCGGGGACGGGUAUGAGAGAGCCUUGGGAACGAGCUUGAAAUGAAAGUAGCCUUCGUGA